AUGGACUACACCCCGGGAAUCUGGAGAAGAACCGAUGUCCAUUUGGAGAACCCAGAGUACCACACCAGAUGGUUCUUCAAAUACUUCCUGGGAAAAGUCCACCAGAAUUACGUCGGUACGGAUGCAGAGAAAAACCCCUUCUACCUGUCUGUGGUUCUGUCUGACCAGAACAACCAACGGGUCCCUCAGUAUAGAGCCAUCCUCUGGAGGAAGACAGGAACUCUGAAGAUCAGUCUGCCAUACAGCCCCACUAAAACACUAUCAGUCAAGUCCAUCUUAAGUGCGAUGAACCUGGACAGGUUUGAGAAGGGCCCGAGGGAGAUUCUCAACCCAGAGAUACAGAAGGACCUACUGGUGUUGGAGGAGCAAGAGGGUUCUGUUAACUUCAAGUUCGGUGUCCUGUAUGCCAAAGAUGGACAGCUCACAGAUGAUGAGAUGUUUAGCAACGAAACAGGAAGCGAGAGCUUCGAUAAGUUCCUCAACCUGCUAGGGGACACAGUCUCUCUGCAGGGCUGGGCGGGUUACCGCGGUGGACUGGAUACCAAAAAUGACACUACAGGAAUGAACUCCAUCUACACAGUGUACCAGGGCCAUGAGCUGAUGUUCCACGUCUCCACCAUGCUACCCUACUCCAAGGAGAACAAGCAGCAGGUGGAGAGGAAAAGACACAUUGGGAAUGACAUUGUCACCAUAGUGUUCCAGUUCCAGGAGGGGGAGGACACAUCUCCGUCAUUUAAACCCUCCAUGAUCAGAUCACAUUUCACACAUAUCUUUGCGUUAGUUAGAUACAACAGUCAAAACGACAGUUACAGAUUGAAGAUUUUCUCUGAGGAGAGUGUGCCACUGUUCGGACCGCCCCUUCCCUCAUCACCAGUGUUUACAGACCACCAAGAAUUCAGGGACUUUUUGUUAGUCAAGCUGAUCAAUGGCGAGAAGGCCACCCUGGAGACGCCCACGUUUGCCCAGAAGCGCCAGCGAACCCUGGACAUGCUGAUCCGUUCCCUCUACCAGGACCUCAUCCCUGACCUCCACAAGAACAUGCUCAACAGACGCUCGUUCAGUGACGUGCUUCCAGAGUCGCCCAAGUCCACCCGCAAGAAGGAGGAGGCACGACAGGCCGAGUUCGUCAGGAUAGGACAGGCACUAAAGCUGAAGACCAUCGUCAGAGGAGAUGCCCCCACCAGUCUGGUCACUACGGGCCUGUGUAGAAAAGAGCCUUGGGAGUCCCAGUCGUUCUGCAGUACGUUUUCCUAUGAGACAGUGUGUGCUGACUCCUGGGGUCAGUCUCUGUUGGUCGCCACGGAAGCAGCAGGGGUCAUGAUGAUAGAUGCUGUCGAUCCACUUCUUUCAAACCCAGACGCCCAGGUCCUGCCCCCAGUGCAGGUGUUUGAUAGGACCAUGGUGGUGAAGCAGAUGCAUGUUCUAGAGCCUCAGGAUCUCCUCAUCACCAGGACUGACAAAGGGAAGGAUGCUCGUCUCUAUGUGUUCAGACUGAGCAUGCUCAAGAGAGGCCUGGAGGAGAGGCAGCUGGUUCGCACCAAGUGUGACAGCCGAGAAAACAAACUGGAGAAGACCAAAGGGUGUCACCUGUACUCUAUCAACACCCACCACGGGUCAGAGUUGAGGAUCGUGGCAGCCAUCAGAAACAAGCUCCUCCUCAUCACCAGGAAACAGCCCCGCCCCGAUGGCAUGGGCACCGCAACCGACUCGCCCGUGGACCAGUUCCAGUACAUACGGGAAAUCUGUCUGUGUGAAACUCCGGUGGUGAUGGCUUUGGUGGAUGGUCCUACAGGGGAGAACGACAACAUGAUCUGUGUGGCCUACAAACACCAGUUUGACCUGAUCAACGAGAGCACCGGGGACGCAUACAGGCUGCACCACGUAGACGCCAACCGAGUCAACUUUGUGGCAGCCAUCGAUGUGUACGAGGAUGGGGAGGCUGGUAUUUUGUUGUGUUACAAUUAUAUCUGUUCCUAUAAGAAGGUGUGUCCGUUCAACGGCUCCACCCCCAUGAUCCAGUCCAACGCGUCUGACUUCCACUUCAGCUGGAACCAGAUGCCCAAUGCCAUCGUGUGUGCGUUCCCCUACAUCCUGGCUUUUACCACUGACUCCAUUGAGAUCCGGCUGGUUGUCAACGGUAACCUGGUCUAUACAGCUGUGGUGCCAGAGCUGCAGCUGACUGCCUCGAGGUCGGACAUCUACUUUGUGUCGUCCGCUCCGGUCAACUCGGCUUCCAACUGCAGCUCCCGGGACACCAGUUCCCAGAGUUCGCCACAGACGCCCACAGGCUACGAAAUGCCCGUGUUCCCCUCACCGCUCGGAGACGAUUCUAUACGGAUCCCGUACGGUACCAAGCUUUCCCUGUACAUGUCUAAGGAUGCCGAAGGUGAGGCACAGUGUAAGCAUAUUUUCAAGAUCCCCCUGAGUAACCUGGUGGGCCGCAGCAUCGAGAGGCCCCUCAAGUCGCCACUGGUCAACAAGGUGGUGACGGGCUUGACAGCACAGGUCCCUAGCAUGUGUGUGGCCCCCGCGGGGCCCCUCAUGCAGGGGGCUUCACACACCCUGUCACUGUCCCGCAUGGAGAUCAAAGAGAUUGCCAGCCGCACCCGCAAAGAGCUGCUAGGCCUAACCGAGGAGCCGAGCAGUAAGUCCGACAGCAGCACUGUCAAACAGAGGAAGACGAGUAAGAAGACCACUGAGGAAGAGCCAAAGGCACGAGCACUGACCUCCACUUGCAGUGACAGGAUGGGCUCAAAGUCGGCCGACACGGACUCAGACGUCCAACGGCACUGCUCGUUCAGCUCGGAUGCAGAGCAAGAGAAAGCAGUGCUCCCAGAGGAGAGCCCGCCAUUGGCCAGCCCCUUCAAUCUCGCCACAUCCUUCGAUGAUGAUGUCCUGGACCUAAAGUGAUGACAAUCCCAUCAUGCACUUCUCCUCCUCAUCCCCCUCUCUUUUCUCCUCCUUCGAUCAUUUUGUUUUGGUUGGGUUUUUUGUUGGUUGAUUUCUUGUUUUUGUUUUAUCUCCUUUGUCUGGGUCUUCAUCCUCAGACAUGGUGGGUAGGAGGAGUAAUAGUGUGUGUGUGUGUGCGCGUGUUUCAUAAGCAGUCGGUCCCCGCAGUCAGUAUGUGUGUCUGUGUGUUGCACCCAAAGAAAACGAGGUCAUUUGAGGUGGUGUGGUUUGUUCAGAGUACAGAUGUCAUUAUACGGCGACGGGUUUCUUCUAUAAACGAAAACUGAAUGUAAAUCUACGCACCGAGGCACGACAAAAAAUCGUUUCGAAACUGCACCCUCGCGAAGUGGCUACGGCUUACCUUUUAUUGUAUAAUCUGUGAUUAUUUCCAAUUACACUUUCAAAUGUAGUAUAAUAUAUGCAUAUUUAUGUGUACAUCUAUUUAUACAUUAAGAUGCAUACACAUUGACAGACAUGAAUACCUUUAUAGAUAUAUUAUAGUAGACAUUUUAUUCACAUAUUUAGUAAAUGUACAAUGUUUUAUGCUCUCCAUGUCUGUCAGUCUUGUUCUAUUUCCUUCCCAACUCUGUGUGCAGGUAUACAGGACUGGACUAGAGGCAGAGUUUCCCACAAGUGCCAUUUCCCCCACAUCCUCCACUAAACUACAACUCCCAUCAGCCACCAGUCACCUCUCCUCUAAUUGUCUGGUGUCUGACAGUAGCAGUCAUCAUCAUGUAUCCCUCUGUAGAUAACAUCCCACAGUGACUCUGUGAGCUAGGUUUAAUUAGCAUAUAGUCAAACACACCUCUAGGGCCUCUAAAAGCACCUACUGUCCUGUCUCUGGCUAUCACCUAAGAAUCCAUGGGGUCUACGUCCUCACAGAAUGUACAGUCUCCUAUACACAGAUCACAAUCUUCCCAGACAGUUAGUUUACUGUGGCCCAACACAGUUUAGUCAGGGGCCAUAUGGCCUGUUAGCGCAUCGCCUUUACAGUGGGCCUUUAAAGUCUGUCCACUGUUGGGCCGCUAGUGGCAUCGGCUGCCAACAGGACGCCCUCAGCUUAUGUGCUUUAUAGUGGUAUGCAGAUUCUUAGCCGCCAGUGGUUCACUUGUUAGUUGGGUUGGAGAAUUGAUCAAGUGGCCAACUACUUCCAUUUAGGAGUGAUGUAAUGAGGUAACGUAGUCAGCCAUAGGGUACAUCCCAAAUAGCACCCUAUUCCCUAUUUAGUGCACUGAUUUUAACCAAGACCCGUAGAGCUCUGGGUAAAAGUACAGUGCACUAUAUAGGGAAGAGGCCGCCAUCUGGGAUGCAGGCAGUGGAUGAGAGGCCAGACAGAUGGUAGGUACUGUAGCCUACAUCAAGAGUCCUUAUAGAAGCUAUUUGGUAGAAGGAAUUAUCUCUCUCCAGCUGUUCACUAGGAGCAAGGCAUAACUCACCAAGUGCAAUGGAACAUUACAUGAAACACAAGAGUUAUGACGCAUGUAGAGCGAGUCGGCUGAAACAGCACAGAGGAAGCCAUAACACUUAACCUCCUCUGGUACCAGAGAUAUAGUAACCAAGCCCAAUGAUUAGGGUGAUAUCAGCCUAUCAGUACACAGGUCAGCGGUCAGACAUCAAUCAACCAAUCAAAUGUAUUUAUAAAGCCCUUUUUACUUCAGCAGAUGUCAUAAAGUGCUAUACAGAAACCCAGCCUAAAACCCCAAACAGCAAGCAAUGCAGAUGUAGAAGCACGGUGGCUAGGAAAAACUCCCUAGAAAGGCAGGAAUCUAUGAAGAAGCCUAGAGAGGAACUCUGAGGGGUGGCCAGUCCUCUUCUGGCUGUGCCGGGUGGAGAUUAUAAGAGUACAUGGCAAUUUAAGGCCA